UGAGCUGUAUUUUCUGCAGCAAGUCUGUUUUCAGACUAGAAGAUCAGGGAGUCAUAUAUGGUACCUGACAAUAUUGCAGCAAGCAUUGACAAAAGCUCAAAUAUGCUCUUUUUAAUUUAAGACUUGCAGCUGGAGUUUAAAGUUGUUAAAGACAUUUCUGCAAAAGCUAGCUGGGUUGAUAUUUUUGUAUUGAUAUAAGAUUUUGAGCUAGAUUAUUUUAAAAAAUGUUUUCAACUUAAACUUGAUGAGUUUUAAAAAAAGUUUUUUGAUACAAAUUAUAUAAUGGCUGGUGGGUUACCCACCAAAGAUAUGUUCCAAAGCUUGUUUGAAAAUAGGAUUGGCAGUAGUUUUUGCAAUAGAGAUAUUAAUGAAAAUAUAUUUGGAGAAAUGAGAGGAAUAAAUAAUAAAGGUAGUCCAGAUUCAGGAUGGAUGUUUCCUGGUUUAAUUAAUCCUGAACUAUUUCCAGCAUUUUUUAAUAAUCCAAUACCUACACAGAGCUCAGUUUUUAAUAUGCCUAACAAACAAUUCAUUGAGAAAAGCCCUCAAGACACAAGGAAUCAAGAGUUUACUCAUUCUUCUCAAUUUACUCAUCAUAAUCUAUUUAACAAUCCAGAUGGACAUUUACAAAAUAAAACAAAGUUGUAUGAACUGAACAAUAGAAAACAUCAGCAAGUUUUUGAAAAUCGUCAGGAAAAAUGUCAGAAUAAUUUAUUUGGCUAUAAAUUUUCAGAUGUUCCGUCUGGUUAUCAAAAUGGAUUUCAUCUUUACUCUGAACCAUCUGGUAUUCAUAAUGCUCAUUUGAAGUCCGCUUUUAGCUACUCCAUUUCACCAAAUAACGUACGAGAGCGUCGCUUGAGUUCAUCAAGUGAUAAUAUGAAACAAGAUAUCACAGUUACUGCAGGCACUCCUGUAACAGAAUCACGUGGGAUUCCAGAAUCAUACAUUCAACAGCAUCAUCAAAAGCAGUUUCAUUACAAUAUGAGAAGCCCAAUGUUUACAAACAAUGAUUCACAACAAAUGCAAAUUGCCUUUGCAACUGCUGCAGCUCAAAUGAGCUAUCUUUCUUUACUAAAAAAUAAUGAUAAGUUUUUGUUAAAAAGUCAGUCACAAAAUAACCAGGAUUUAAUGCGUAAAUAUCCUGAUAUGUACACUUUUAAUCCAUUAGUUUCACCUGUAGAACAAAAUAACAAUCACCAAAAUGUAGAUGUUUUGAAUAUAAAAACUGUAAACUCAAACAAUAAACCAAGUAAUGAGUUAUAUGCAAAUACUGAAAAAUCUCGUUUAUCAGUAGAUUGUAACAUUUCUACUCCAUCUAGUUAUAAGUUUGCCUCAUCAACAGCAGGUAUCCAGCACGUUGCAGAAACUGUAUUGUCUCAUGCUGAUGAAAAGUCAAAUCAAAGCAUUCCAAUAACAACUCCAAUAACAUGUUCUGUAAAAGUUUUUAAUGGUAAUGAUGCAGAUUCAGAAACAAUGAGAAAAUCAACAAGACCAAGUCACCUAGGGUCUAAUUUUGUUCCACAAACACAAUUUCUUUCUGUUAAUGUUAGUCAUGGUACGCCAGGAUCUGAUAAAGAUAGUAACACUUCUUCAGUAAGUCCUGUGCAGAAUAGCCCCUAUGGAAAUUCAGAACGUCAAAGCAGUCGAACACCUAGUCCUCAAUCAGAUCGAUCUAAGUUAAAAACAGAGAAUACUUGUUUGCAAUGUCAAAAACAUUUCAGUAGCUCAAGUGCAUUAGCUAAGCACAAACUCAUACAUAGUGAUGAACGUAAAUAUGUUUGUCAUAUAUGCUCUAGAGGCUUCAAACGUCAAGACCAUUUAAAUGGUCAUAUGAUUACCCAUAGAGAUAAAAAGCCUUAUGAGUGCCACUUUCCAGAAUGUAGGAAAAGUUAUUGUGAUAUGCGGUCAUUAAAAAGACAUCUUGAAAACAAUCACGGUAGUCCUAUUGGUGGAGCAACACCAGGGUAUUUGGCUGAAAAUUCAACUUUAUACCCAGCUUUUCCAACUGUAUCUAGAUCUAGUGAUAUAAUUCAUAGACCAUAUUUGAAAGUAGAAUCAGAUAAACGUCCUCAAUCAAAUGAACCUGUUCGCCCAUCUAGUGCCCCAACUGCAGCCCCAGAGCCACAACGUAUAAUAAGAACUAGACGUAGCAGCAGUGUUGAAGAUCAUAGUAUGAGCCUUGAUCCUGAUUUGUUAAAAGAGUUUGAUUUACGGAAAAAAUCAAGACAAAUGGCUAAAGAACUUCGUGAUCAUGAACCAAUACAGUUAGGUAGUUUUUCUCAGUCGAAUUCGUGUGCAACCUCAAAUCAUUUUAUUAUGUCAACAGGUGUAUCAACUUCAACUGAGGCUAGUUACUCAAGAAACAAUGAUUAUGCUAGAAGUAGUGAAAAAUAUGAACAAAGAAGUUUUGAACACCAUCAAAUACCCCAUGUUACACAUAGUAAAAUAUUUUCACCAGGACGAGUCAUAACUCACCAAGAAAACAAUCAUAACUUGUCAAAAGAUAAAACUGAUUAUGUACAAGCCCAUUUUCCAAGUAUUUCUCAAAAUAUGCCACCUCAGUUGAAUCCUCGUUUUGCAUGGCACCCACAUUAUUCAGGAAAUCGUCAAAUUCAAUCCCCUUGCACAUCAAUGCCCUAUCUCAUGACUAAACCUGUAUUUAGACCUUAUUCUCCUCAUGGUUUGUGUCGAUCGCAUGAUGACUUUCCUUCUAUGCCUAGAAAUGAAGCAUCUACACCUAACAAAAAUGAUCAUGAUCCAGGGGAACAGGCUGUGAGUACAUUUCUUCAAAUGCAAUAUUUUUUGAAAGAAAGUUAUGCUCUUGGACACAAAAAUCACACACCAACCGAUCCUACUGCUAUUGCUAUAGCUACUGCAAAAGAGCAUAUUGACUACAGACAACCUUUUCAUGCAGCAAGAGAUAGCUACUAUGGCAUUCAACCUUACAAUGCAGAGUGGCAGACUGUUACAAAGAAUGAUCCAAGUGUGCAAGAUGCCAGUUAUCACUCAUUUUAUCAUAAGCAACAAUUAAACUCACAAACAGAAAGUAAAAAAGAUAGUUACCAAGCAAGUCAAAGUACAUCAAAUCAAUCACAAUAUUCACUUUUUAACGUAAAUGAUCGAAACAUAGAACCAUUUAAAGUGAAUAAAGAAAGCAAUGUAGAACAUCGCCUUGGAUAUACUUUACAACAGUCAAAUGAUAAAAUUAGACAAUUUGAUCAAUCAAAAAAUUUUGAUCCGUUGUAUAUAACUGUAAAUCAUAGUCUUGUACCCCCACGUCAAAACAAUCAGCCUGCAUUUGAGUCUAAGGUUAAAAUAGAUGAAACUUUUAAUCAUAUAACCUCACCAGUGUCUCCAAAUAAAAAGCGCUCUCGUCCUAGUCCAAUUGUCAUUCCUGUGCUAACCAAUCGAUCAAAUUUUACUGGACCAUCAUCACCAACAUGUGGUUUUCAAAGCGUCGCAAAAGCAGUAUAUACUCCUCCUGCUAUGUUAAGCCCACAAAGUAUUUUUUUUAAUCCCCAAGCCACUCCCAAAAAUGUUGUUCCACAAGCUCCAGCUCGGUAUCUUUUAUCAUCUAGGAGAAGCACAAGUAUAGAUCAGCGUGAUUUAUCAGUUACUACAAAAGCAUCGCCAGAAGACCAAGGAGUACCUGAGAUUCAUGAGCCAAAAAUUAAUAUUGGUAUUCAGUUUCAAGCAGCCCUGCCAAAUAUUUCGGAUCGUUCUGAUGCCCAAAAAGAUAUUCAUCGUGCAAGUCUCAUGUGGUCUCCACUUAAAGCAGAUGUGUCUAAAGAUGCAGAAGUGGAUUCCUAUUUGGAGAUGGCAUGCUCACUUGGCUUAUAUGGCGGAUCUAAUAACAAAGAGUAUGCUUUGCAUAUUUUACAAAGAACAAGAGGCAAUGUUAAAGAAGCUGUACGAUUAUUAUUAUCAAGACGACAUAUACUUCGUGCUGAUGAUCCAAAUGCAGAUUAUCACUAUUCUGGUUCUGUAAGGUGGACAGCUAAAGAGAGGUUAACAUUUCGGCAAGCAUAUCGAACAAAAGGAAAGCUUUUCAGUGCGAUUCAGGCAGAUGUGGGAACUAAAUCUGUGUAUUUAUGUGUUGAGUUUUAUUACUUAUGGAAAGCAAUGCAUCCAGAAAGUUUUCGAGCUAGAACUCGAGCAGUUGAGGUGGAAUCUGAUCAGGAUGAUGAAGAGGUUCCUCCAACACCAACAGCUGCUGUAGCACCACUUAGUACUUUGCGUGAACCAGUAUUUGAAUGUGACUAUCCUGAGUGUCGAGCAAGGUUUGUUUCCCGGCAAGCACUGAAUGGACAUAUACGUAUACAUGGUGGCAGUUUUAUGAAGCCUACAGAUGCACGUCGUUCUAAACCAAAAGUAUCAGGACAUUCUACUGUUCUUGAUGACUCCACGUCACCUUCCAAUUCGAAAAAAAAAAAAAAUACCCCUACAUCAGUCAUCGUAACAAGCAAAGGAGAAGCUCCAUUGCUUCAGUUCCAAUGCAAAGUUUGUGGGAGAGUCUUCAGCAAAGUCAAAAGUCGAUCUGCCCAUAUGAAGACGCAUGUAAAAAGGGAUGAAAACAAUAAACCUAUUAAACAAAUUAAAAGUAGUCCUGCUAACUCUACAGCAGUCUUUUGCUAACACUUAAUGGUUUUUUUUAAUCCUACAGUAGUUGCUGUAAGUUUUUCAGCUGAUCCAACAACCAAACUUUUUACUUCAGCUAUUUCCACAACUCAGUAAUAAAAAAUAAAAUUUUCUAUGCGAGAAACAUUUUUAGGUGCAAGGAGUUAAAUUAGACUUAAGCUUAGCUUGAUCAGUUUUAUAUGAAUUAAACGAAACUUUAUAUAUAUGCAUAUAUAUAAAUAAAUAUAUUAUAAAUGUACAUUUUGAUGACCUAUAUAUA